CCCUGCCCUCUCCAGGAAGGCUCUCUCGCCACGCCUGCUCUGGGGCAGCCCUUGGGAGGGCGCAGGGGCACUCGCCCAGCUCCGGUGGAGAAGGGGGCGCGCCGAAAAAAAACCCACCCUCAAAUCCACACCUAGAGGAAGACAACGGCGCGGGAAGAGGGGGAGGGAAGACGGGGAGGACAACGCGACCCACAUGCCGACCGGGCAGCAGGCUUUUCCUCCGAGAAGCGAAUCCCCGGCGCUGCCGGGCUGCUCUGCCCCAGCUGCGCCGAGGGGAUAAGGAUGAGGCGCCGCCUCGACCGCGCCGGCGGCGGCUGCAGCACCGCGGACAGCGCCCGCCCCGUCCGGCCGCGCUGAGCGGGCGUUUCAGCACCAGGGACAGCGACGCUUCAGCACCGCGGACAGCGGCAGCGCCAUGGCGGGCCGCGCCCGCGCAGCGCCGCGCAGCGCCCCGCGCCUCUAGAGUGAAGCGGACCCGGCCCCGACGCGCACAUGUUGAGAAACAGCAAUUAUAAAAACAUGCAUCGAAGGCACACAACCCUCCGGGAGAAGGGCCGGAGGCAGGCCAUCCGGGGCCCAGCCUACAUGUUCAACGAGAAAGGCACCAGCCUGACUGCGGAAGAGGAACGCUUUCUCGAUUCUGCAGAAUAUGGCAACAUUCCUGUUGUGCGAAAAAUGCUGGAGGAAUCCAAAACCUUGAACUUUAAUUGCGUCGAUUAUAUGGGACAAAACGCCCUUCAGUUAGCUGUAGGGAAUGAGCAUCUGGAAGUGACGGAGCUCCUCCUCAAAAAGGAGAACCUCGCUCGAGUUGGAGAUGCACUUUUGUUAGCCAUCAGUAAAGGAUACGUGCGCAUUGUGGAAGCAAUAUUGAACCAUCCAGCCUUUGCACAAGGACAGCGUCUCACGCUCAGCCCCCUCGAGCAGGAACUGAGAGAUGAUGAUUUUUAUGCUUAUGAUGAAGAUGGAACUCGGUUCUCCCAUGACAUUACCCCUAUUAUACUUGCUGCCCACUGCCAGGAGUAUGAAAUUGUUCACAUCUUACUUCUAAAAGGCGCGCGGAUCGAAAGGCCACAUGACUAUUUUUGCAAGUGCAAUGAAUGUAUUGAGAAGCAGAGGAAAGAUUCCUUUAGUCACUCUCGAUCGAGAAUGAAUGCCUACAAAGGAUUAGCCAGUGCUGCUUAUUUGUCUCUUUCCAGUGAAGACCCUGUCCUUACUGCUUUAGAGCUAAGCAAUGAAUUGGCCAGACUAGCCAACAUUGAAACUGAAUUUAAGAACGACUAUAGAAAGCUAUCUAUGCAAUGCAAGGACUUUGUUGUGGGGGUGCUGGACCUGUGCAGAGACACUGAAGAAGUUGAGGCUAUUCUGAACGGAGAUGUGAACAUACAUUUGUGCCCCGAGCACCACCGGCCAAGUCUGAGCAGGAUUAAGCUUGCUAUUAAAUACGAGGUCAAAAAGUUUGUUGCUCACCCCAACUGCCAGCAGCAAUUGCUCACCAUGUGGUACGAAAACCUCUCAGGCUUACGGCAGCAAUCUAUAGCUGUGAAGUUCUUGGCUGUCUUUGGGGUCUCCAUUGGCCUGCCCUUCCUCGCCAUAGCCUACUGGAUUGCUCCCUGCAGCAAGUUGGGACGGACCCUCCGAAGUCCUUUCAUGAAGUUUGUGGCACAUGCAGUUUCUUUCACAAUCUUCCUCGGACUGUUAGUAGUGAAUGCUUCAGAUCGGUUUGAAGGAGUAAAAAAUCUCCCCAACGAGACGAUCACGGAUCAUCCAAAACAAAUAUUUAGAGUCAAAACAACUCAGUUCUCGUGGACAGAAUUGCUGAUCAUGAAGUGGGUAUUGGGCAUGAUAUGGUCAGAGUGCAAGGAGAUCUGGGAAGAGGGUCCACGCGAAUACGUCGUGCAUCUCUGGAACCUGCUGGACUUCGGGAUGCUGUCCAUCUUCGUGGCAUCGUUCACCGCCAGGUUCAUGGCUUUUCUCAAAGCAACUGAAGCACAACAGUACGUAGAUCAGUACGUUCAAGAUGAUGACCUCAAUAAUGUCACCCUUCCCCCUGAAGUUGCUUACUUUACUUAUGCCAGGAACAAGUGGCUUCCCUCGGAUCCUCAGAUCAUUUCAGAAGGACUGUAUGCAAUAGCUGUGGUACUCAGCUUCUCCCGCAUUGCUUACAUUCUUCCAGCCAACGAAAGCUUCGGCCCCCUGCAGAUCUCUUUGGGGAGGACUGUGAAGGAUAUCUUCAAGUUCAUGGUCAUCUUCAUCAUGGUGUUCCUGGCCUUCAUGAUUGGAAUGUUCAACCUUUACUCUUACUACCUUGGUGCAAAAUACAACCCUGCGUUUACAACGGUAGAAGAAAGUUUUAAAACCUUAUUCUGGUCAAUAUUUGGCUUAUCUGAAGUGAUAUCUGUGGUGCUGAAGUACGAUCAUAAAUUCAUUGAGAAUAUUGGAUAUGUACUCUAUGGAGUAUAUAAUGUGACUAUGGUGGUGGUGCUGCUUAAUAUGCUAAUAGCCAUGAUCAACAACUCCUAUCAAGAAAUUGAGGAGGAUGCAGAUGUGGAGUGGAAGUUUGCACGUGCCAAGCUCUGGCUAUCCUACUUUGACGAAGGAAGGACUUUACCUGCUCCUUUUAAUCUAGUGCCAAGCCCUAAAUCAUUUUAUUAUCUCAUACUGAGAAUGAAAAUGUGCCUCAUAAAACUCUGCAAAUCUAAGGCCAAAAACUGUGAAAAUGAUCUUGAGAUGGGGAUGCUGAAUUCCAAACAACGGAAAGUUCGUUUUCACUCUAGCGCUCGAAAUACAGACAUUUUUUCUGGGAAGAACGCUUAUAACAAGCCCACAAGAUAUCAGGUGACAACCCUACCUCCCUCUGGAUUCUACUACCUUGGCCAUCUUCAACACACCAAAAUAAUGAAACGUCUGAUUAAGCGGUAUGUACUGAAGGCUCAGGUUGACCGAGAAAAUGAUGAGGUUAAUGAAGGAGAACUUAAAGAGAUUAAGCAAGAUAUUUCUAGUCUCCGCUAUGAACUCUUAGAGGAAAAGUCACAAGCUACUGGUGAGCUGGCAAGACUAAUACAGCAGCUGAGCGACAAAUUUGGGAAGAACUUAAAUAAGGACAUUUGAUGGUGAACACGGAGAAAGGCAACUGGUUUUCUAAACAUUAUUCAGUCUCAACCAGCAUCUUAGUAGGGCAAAAACCGUGCAAAAGAUGGGUACCUCACACUCAACUUUUGCUAGCUAGCAAGUGUUGGUAGGAGCACUUUCCAUUACUCCUGUGCUUGGUGAG